UCCAAAAUUAUAUUGCUUAACCUUGAAGUUAAAACAGAUACAUUAAAAUUUACUGGUUUUACCGCAGCACCAAAGAAAUGAAGACGUUAUAAGUAAACACCACACGAGACUGUUUUCAAGAACUCUUAACUACACCUAAUACAGAAGUUAGGUUCAUCCUUUAAAACCAAGAGACAAUAGUGUGAAUGUGGUAAAAAUUAACUUCACUAUGUUGCUACAGGUAUUUAUCUUACUUAAAUACAUUUCAAUAAAUGGGAUUCUGAAUUAGAUUUUAACCAUCGGGAUUUUUUACAGAUGAAAGGUCUUUUUCUCCGUUUGAUUCCAAAGACGCCCCGAGAAGGAAAGAGCGCUGCCCUAGUCACGUUGAUAGUCCGUCUAAUCAACAACAUAGGCAAAUCAUACAUGACCAACCACAAAGUGCACUGGGCUGCUAACGUAUGCACAUUCUGUUUCAUAAUAACUGGUUUAUUACAAGUCGUUGCACUCUUUAUGCCCAAAGACGACCCAGAAAAGCUUUUCGAGUGUUUCAGCGUUCUAGCAUUUUGUAGCAUGGGAGUCCUGAAAUUAAUUUCACUCCGCAAAUACCAUCAAAGUUGGCGUAAUCUUCUUACCCAAAUAUCUAUACUAGAAAACUCACAGAAGAAGAAAAGCUCUGAUUCGUACCAAUCGGAUGAUGAAGAGGUGGACAAUUUUUCUGCCUACAUCGAUAACUAUACGAAGAAAUUCCAAAACACAUCAACGAUUCUUACCGGAAUGUACAGUUUUACUGCUUUCAUAUUCAUCAUCUCUCCCUUUGUCGAAUAUUUUCUUUGCAAGAUACGUGGGUUGGAGUGUUUGGAGUAUCCUCACAUUCUGCCUGGUUGGGCUCCCCUUGACAAAUUGAGCUUUUACGGCUACAUCGUAACCGUCGUGGGUGAAUUUCUAGCUGCCGUAUACUGCGUUCUUGUGCACAUUGCAUUUGAUUUAACAGCUGUAGGCAUCAUGAUAUUUGUUUGUGGCCAGUAUUCCUUGCUCCGUGAUUAUAGUUCGCGCAUCGGAGGUCUCGGGAAUCAUUGCAAUCUCUCAAAGAAAAGAGAUUUGAGAGCCCAUUAUAGAAUCGUUCGUUGUCAUCAAACUAACAUCUUAUUGAUAAACACAAUCAACGAGCUCGAUAUUCUGUUGAAAAAUAUAAUUGGAGUGUAUUUCUUCUUCGCUACUCUAACAUUAUGUUCGGUUGCUGUUAGACUGAAGUCUGAGGAAAUGAGCAUAAUGAAACUAGUAAAUCUUAUCCAAUACAUGUGUGCUACAUUAACGCAACUCUUUUUGUUUUGCACAUACGGGGACGCAGUAUUGAACGAGAGUUCAGUGGGUAUGGGACAAGGCCCAUUUGCAGCUGCAUCAUGGUGUUUAAGUCCUCGGAUCAGACGAGAGCUGGUGAUCCUCGGCUCCGGUAUGAUGCAGCCACGGCAUCUACGUGCUGGGCCCUUCAAUUUCCUCGACUUGCCUUCGUUUAUACAAGUUGUGCGAGCUGCUUAUAGUUAUUAUGCUGUGUUGGGGAAGAAAGAAUAAAGAGUCUAUGAGCUACAUAUUAUGUAGUAUUUGAAGAAAGACCAAUUUAAUAGAAUGGCGUCAAAGAAAAAUUCUGAAACAAAUACAACUUCAAAAUAAAUGUUAUCAUUUUCCUAAUACACAAUACCUAUAUAUCUGUAUAUCUCAAUUACGGCCAUUUCCACCGUCGAAUAUUUAGCUACAUUUAGAAAUGAACAAUGCUCAUGGUUGGAAACAUUGCAAAAACUUAGAUUUACGACGUCAUUAGAUUUAUAUUUUGCUUACAAGUCAUAAUAUUAUAGUUAAGAAGGUCAAAUCACUGCAAUAUCGAUAAAGAUUACUUUUCCGAUUGUCGUCAUUCGCGCGUCAUUUGUUAUUUGUAUAGAAUAGACAGUUUAAUUCUAACUUAUAAUAAGUACCUAUUUG